CAGCUACAUUCUUUUUUUUUUCUUUUUUUUUUUUGCAAAUAUGGCUUAUAGAGCAGCACCCACUGGACUUGCCAAGCAUGUUUCCAACAUGUUGAAGGGAAAUUUAAUGAAAAAGUCACCCGUCUGGCUUCCUGUUGUUCAGGCUAUUCCUCCUGGACCCAGUGUGAUUCGUUCUCAAAACCCUGAAGUCAAUGUUUCAGGUCAAACCGAAUUAGAACAAACUUUAUUAUCAAAGCCUCGCAACACACAUCGUCUUCGUCAUUCCGAAAAGCAUUUACGUACACCUCCACCAAGACCUCGCGCCAUCGUCUACCCUGAAGAUAAAUUAAGAAGACAAUUCUUCAAGGAUCACCCAUUUGAAUUAGCUAGACCCAAGGUCUUGGUCGAAAACGAUUUAGGUAUUAACCGUACUGAUUUCAGUAAAUUAAUGUUGGACGGUAUGCAUCCUGCACAAAUUGACGGUGAAGCUGUCAUCAAAUAUCAACUUCACUUGAUGACUCAUGAAGGUAUGCCAGAGAGAAAGGCAUACGCAAAGGCAACAUCAGAGUUUUAUGAAAUCAGAGCACAACAAGAAGAGGAUGAAAGAGCUGCUAGAGAAAAGAUGAGCAACGUCUUACAAACUCUUCAAAGCAAGAAGUGGACUCAAAAGGCCUUGUACCUUGAAGAAAGAGCCUUGAAACAAGGUCAAACCACCAACUCUCAAUUUUAGAAUAUAAAAAAGAAACCGAAAAUAAAUAAUAAUAAAAAAAAGUUGAAUAAAAAAAAAAA